GUGGUUAUCUUAAUUAUUGAAACACACUGCAAAAAUGAUACUGAAGCUAUAAUACACACAGCAUACAAUAAAUUAAUUACAAGGAGGACCCUUGCUAAGAGGGAACUUAAGUGUAACCAGGAUGAAUACACAUUAGGUGUUAAGUGUUGCAAGAAAUGUGCACGUGGUUUUGUUAAAAAUAUCGAGUGCCCAACAGAUAUUCGCAAACACUGUGCUCCAUGUGAAAAUGGAAAGGAGUACAUGGAGUCUAUCAAUGAUUUGGACAAGUGUUUGAGAUGCCGUUCCUGUGACAGCGUAUUCGGUUUGGUGGUUGCAAAGAACUGUACCCCAGCAAAGGACACGGAAUGCAUCUGUGCAAAGAACCAUUUUUGCAAAUCUUCUCCAUGUGUGCACUGUUAUCUAUGUACCAUAUGUGAAGGUGGAUUAAUUGAAAAACAAUGUACUCCAACUUCAGACACUGUGUGCAGAACGGAAGACAAGAGAAGACAGAAGGGUCUUACUAGCAAGGAGAACCUAGGUGAAGCAGUCUCCAAAUCAGAGGUUUCUUAUGAGAAUGUACCUCUCAUAUACAUAGAUGUUGACCUGAGCAGCCAUGUUGCUGGUAUUGUGGAAGAGAUGACACUCCAAGAAGUCAAGACAUUUGUUCGUAAUCACAAAGUACCAGAACCUAUCAUAGAUCAAACUGUUCGGGAUUAUGUUAGUGAUACAUCUGAACAGAAGAUUAAGCUGUUUCAAGUCUGGUAUCAAAGACAUGGGAUAAAAGGAGCCUAUGCAACCCUAAUAAGCAGCCUGCGAGAGUUUAAAAUGUGCACUGCAGCUGAUAAAAUUGAGGAAAAAUUGAAGGCAGCUGUUUCCAGCUGUCAGGAAGGGGGACAGUCUUAUCGUGAUGACACUGAGCAAAGCAAAACCUGCACUCAGGAAGGUAGAAACUCUUACGAUGAUAGUGCUGAGCUAAGUAAAACCUGUUCUGGUAGUUUGGAAGAGACAUAG